CUAAGUUUGUGUACUUGCAGCCGGCAGGUUGGUCAGUGGCUGGAUUGCUGGGUUUACCUGUGUGUGAUUAGCCAUGGUUAUGUGCGUUGUAAAGGGCUGUGAUAAUAAGUCGAAGGUGUACUCUAUCAUCAUGUUUCAUAGAAUUCCAACGAAAAACAAGCAACGAAAGAAUCAAUGGCUCGCUGCUCUGAACAUAGAUUUGAAAACACCGGUAGAAUCGAUCAAGAAAUGGCGUGUUUGCUCAGAUCAUUUUGGACCAGAUGACUAUUUGGAAAACAUGGACAGUGUUACCCGUACUACGGUACGGCGUCUAAAGGAUACGGUUAUCCCAACAAUAUUCAAAGCCCAGACAGGACCAAGUGGAUCAUCACCCAUGGCUGUUGAGCUUGGUGACGUCCUGCAGGAUCUACCUGAACAUGAGGAUUCCUUCAGCCUUUUUGCCUUUGUACCACAGUCAAUCCCUCAGAAAUCCAGACCUGCAAAAGAACUUCCAGCAGAGUUCAAAGUUCCGUUACCGUUGCAGCUGACUAGUCCUGCACAGACAGUGACGUGCACAAAGCCAUUUGCUGCCCUGGCACCCACAUGGACACAACUGGACACCGCAUCUUCGCCCAGUGUCAUGGCUGUGUGCAGUCCAAGGAAAAGUUUAAUCUUUGAUGAAACAAACACAUCAUCUGUAAUGGACAUCAGUUCAACAUCAGCCUUGGACAUCAGCAUGUGUUCAGAGCCUGAUGCCGAUCCUGCUGAUGCCAGUUUUGCUCCAAUCACAAGCUCCUCCACCUCUACCACAGGAAGCACUGGAGGAUGGAAGGAGAGAAAGUGGAUUGUGAAUGAGUCAAAACUCAUGGAGCUCUUCCAGAAAUGCUCCACUUGUUUAGCUGUGAUGUCCGAGGCAGAUCGGACCAUAAGAACUAUUGGUAGCAGAAUCACAGUAAGCUGGAAAUGCAUCAACGGACAUACUGGACAUUGGGAAUCAUGUCCUAACACACGUGGAAUGCCAGAAAACAACCUACUAGCAGCACCUGCCACACUCUUCACUGGUCCAACAUUUGACAAAAAAACAACACACUGCAACAUACAGACAAGCUACCUCAUUCCAGUGAUUAAAGCAGCAUACAAGAAGCAGGAAGACAUCAUAAAAGCACAACUAAUCUGCCAGACUCGGGAUGGUGAGGGAGUACAGCUCUGCGGAGAUGGGAGGAGUGACAGCCCAGGCCAUUCAUGCAGUUAUACAACCUAUUCCUUCAUGGAUGACUCCUCCAAUAAGGUGUCCCAGGCCACGAGUUCCAUAGCAAUGGAACCAACGGGGUUUAGGAAAGGGCUGGAGACGCUUUUGGAUGAAGGCAUUGACAUCAAAGUGGUCACAAUGGAUAGACAUCCAUCCGACAGAAAAUUGAUAAGAGAGGAGUAUCCUAACAUCAUACAUCAGUUUGAUCCAUGUCAUCUGGCAAAAGAAAUAAAGAAGAAGCUGGUUUCUGCAUCCAGCCGGAGGAAUUGCAGCGAUCUUGCCCCUUGGGUGAAGAGUGUGAGCAACCACAUGUGGUGGAGUUGUUGCUCAUCCAAGGGAGAUGCAAUGGAAUUGCACAGGAGAUGGAAAUCAAUACUCCAUCAUAUCUUAGGAGUUCAUCACUGGGAGGAAAAUGGCAUUGAGUACAAAUGCUACCAUAAAGAGCUGACAAGAGACCAGCAAAGGAUGAAGAAAUGGUUGUCCGUGGACUCCCCAGCCUACAAAGCCCUGGUUGAAAUAGUGAUGGAUAAAUGUCUACUGAAAGACCUGGAGCAGAUGAUGCUGUUCAAACACAGGCCUCCCAAGUAACAAUGUUGUCUUUGAAACACAGUCUAAGCAUUGGAUUGCCAGACCCAUCUAAACGAUGACGAACGUUCAGAAAUGGUCUCAUGGAGGGAUUGAUUCAAAGACUAUUGGAUCCCACAGUCAAAUUCAAAGACUCGUCUUCCCAUGUCAGAAGCCCUCAUCAGCUAAAACCCAGCAAGGAGGAUGUCCUAAAAGACUACACAUCAAGGUUCAAAGAUUGAAAACGAACUGUGAUCGACAAACUGUGAUCGUCAUCUGUAACUCAGAACGAACACAAACACGCUAGCUCCCCGUAGACCUUGUAUGCGUCAGAAUACA